CCUGAGAGCUGCUAUAUGGCCAUAUUUGAUAAAAGCAGCUCAAUACAAAUGGAGACUAGCUUGGAAAAGUCUGUUGCAGUGUCAGCUUCUGCAGAAGAGAAGAAGAUGAUGAAAUCAAAUGGUGAUGAAGAUGGAGUUCUUCUAGGAACCACCAAGGGAGAAGAUGUGAUGAUACAUGUUAAACAAGAAGAGAAUAGCAGAAAGCGCCCUUCUUCCAUGGUAAAAAAUCAGGCCUCUCUCAAGCAUGAGGAUCAGCUCAGAUCAGCUAAAACUGAAAUCGGUGAGGUUAGAGAAGAGAAUGAAAGGUUAAAGCAAUUAUUAUCCAAAAUGGUGAAGGAUUACCAGUCUCUACAGAAACAUUUCUGUGAAGUUGUUCAAGAAGAAGAAGCAAAGAAAUCCACCAAAUUAACCCCUAUCAGUCGGGAUAAUGAAGAAUCUGAACUUGUCUCCCUCAGCCUUGGAAGAAAUUCCAGUGAACCCAAAAUGGAAGAGAAAAAGAGUAGUAAUUUAACUGAUGGAAAUGAGGAUAAUGAGGAAUUGAAUAAUAAAGGACUUUCACUUGCUUUGGACUGCAAAUUUGAACCAGAUUCAACUGUAACUAUGAAGAAUCCAAGUUCUGAAAAUAGUUUUGAUGAUGAAGAACCUAAGGAAGAGGAAGCAACUGAAACAUGGCCACCAAGCAAAAUGUUGAGGACAACGAUAAGUUCCGGUGAUGAAGUGUUGCAACAAACCCAGACGAAGAAAACAAGGGUUUCAGUCAGAACCAGAUGUGACACUCCAACGAUGAAUGAUGGAUGUCAGUGGAGAAAAUAUGGGCAGAAAAUAGCGAAAGGAAAUCCAUGCCCACGGGCAUACUAUCGUUGCACAGUCUCACCAACUUGCCCGGUGAGAAAACAGGUGCAAAGAUGUGCUGAGGACAUGUCAAUCUUGAUCACCACCUAUGAAGGAACACACAACCACCCUCUUCCACUUUCAGCCACAGCGAUGGCCUCCACCACUUCUGCAGCUGCAUCCAUGCUUCAGUCACGCUCAUCUUCCUCACAGCCAGGGCUAGGGACCUCAGUUUCUGCCCCUGCUUCUAUCUCCACCACCAAUGGACUAAACUUCACUGUCUCCCAAAAUAAUGCAAUAAGGCCACAGCAAUUCUAUUUUCCAAACUCCUCAAUCUCAACUUCCAAUUCACACCCUACCAUUACUCUUGAUCUGACGGCACCAACCAGCACCUCUCACUUUAAUAGAUUUCCUUGUGCUCCGAGAUACUCACCAACAUGUCUCAACUUUUCUUCUUCAUCAUCUUCUACUUCUUUAGACUCCAACAGUACCAUGCAAACAUUAUGGAACCCAGGCUACUCUACUUAUGGGGCAUUAUCUCACAGUAGAAACAAUAAUGGGUCCUUGAAUAACAUCGGAAAGCACCCACCUCAAGAUCAUUUAUACCAGCCCCAGAUGCAAAUGAACAGCCAGACUGCAGCUACCUCGCAACAGUCUUUGACAGAGACCAUUGCAGCUGCAACCAAGGUGAUUGCUUUAGAUCCCAAUUUCCGUUCAGCCUUGGCAGCUGCAAUCACAACAUUUGUUGGCAAUGCGGGUAGUGGGGGUAGUGGAGUUAGAGAACAUCCUGGUAUAGGAGAGCAUAAUUCUGCAGGCCUGAGCUCGAAGUUGGGUGACUCUCUUACAUUUAACGCACUCUACCCAAGUAGCCACGGAGGGAUAGGGUGUGCAUCAAGCUACUUGAAUAAAUCUCCCCCUACUCAACAAGGGAGCUUGGUUUCAUUUCCUCCUCCAUUCCCAUUUUCUGCUUCCAAGAGUGCCUCUGGGUCUCCCGCUAAUAGUAGGGACUACAACAAGGGAUGAGGUAUAUCAUUUCAUUUUAUUUAGUUUAAAUGUACAUUUUCCGCAGAAAAGAAAGAGGAUAGGUUAAGGCAUGUUGUAGAGAUGUUUUGAUAUGAAUUUCCAGUUAAAAUUUGUAAUUAUUCUUUUUCUCAAAGAAUAUGUGCCCUGUAAAAUAAUUAAGCAAAAGAAACAAGGGUUGUUUAUUUGAUUCAAAAUUAGUCAUUAGAUUAGAUUUAA